AAUUACGUACUACACAGUACUUGGACUGAAUAGAAACCCCAUAUCUCAAAUUUCAAAGAAUUUCGAAAACCGUCUUUAACUUCCUCAGCGCUUGUCUCACCUGUUGAUCUCGUCCCACUUGAACUAGUAGUAUAUCCGCAACGGACGAGCCCUCAUUCCCCCGCGGCGCAUCCCCUCCGUCUCACGAUACAAGCUACUCUCUGACCGUUUGGUUUUACGCAGUGUUCCUAAGCUGCAAGCUCACCUUUGACGCCUAACCACACAUUCGUAAAAUUCUCACAACUGCCCCUUUUAUAUCUCGUUUCUUUACCUCACACAACUUGAACCCUAAACCCAGAGUCAUGGCCUCCAACCGAUCCCGGCGUAUCGCAAAGGAAAUAGCCGAUAUCCACGCAGAUACGCAGUCUGGGAUCACAGCCGAACCAGUAGGCAACGAUGAAGACCUCACACAUCUACGGGGCACAUUCCCGGGGCCCCCAGGUACCCCAUAUGAGGGUGGCACCUAUGCUGUGGAUAUAAAAAUACCAACGGACUAUCCGUUUCGGCCGCCAAUAAUGAAAUUCCAUACCAAGGUCUGGCAUCCGAAUAUCAGUAGCCAAACGGGAGCGAUUUGCCUUGAUACUCUGUCGUCGGCGUGGUCCCCCGUUCUCACCAUCAAGUCCGCUCUGUUGUCACUACAAUCUUUGCUCAGCACACCCGAACCUAAGGAUCCUCAAGACGCAGAGGUUGCCACUAUGCUGCUACGCAAACCAAAGGAAUUUGAGAGAGUUGCCCAAACCUGGGCUGCCUUAUAUGCUGGGGCUCCUACCAAGAAUGCGGGCGAGGGCAGCGGUGGUGCCACUAACGAAUCCCUGCGACAGCAAGAGCUCAAGUCAAAGGAAGAACAGGACAAGGAAGACUUAGCUAAAUACGAUGGAUACAAUAAGGACUUGAUCGACCGCUUCUGCAGCAUGGGCUUCGAUGUAGACCGUGUAGUGGCCGCCUUCAAGUACUACGGUAUUGAUCGGAUGAACGGAGAAGACUACGAACUAGAAGAGGCCUACAUGGGUGACAUUACUGCACGGCUACUGGGUGAGCCGUAAGUCAUACUGACGGUAACCACCUACGGCUAAUCAUUUUUCUAUGACUAUGCAUGCUGAAUGGAGCUGGAGAAGCGUGAUGCCUAGCGAGAUUCAAUCUACUUUCUUUACUUGUUUUGCAGUCCAGCUUAUUACCCAUUACAUGUUAACUUCACGUUAAGGUGUUCUCGUUUUGAGAUCGAUCUCAUGCAAUGAUGACCAAUAGUAUACCGAAUUAUAUUUAGCCGGCUAUCGGAUCUGUGUUCUAUAUCUUGUGUGAAGCAAUACGUUAC